AUGAGUUAUCUACCUAAUGGGUCAAACCCAACAACAAGCUCUUUCACAUGUAAUACAUGUGGGAUAAAAUUUAUAAGUGCUGAAUUACAAAGGCAGCACAUGAAGACAGAGUGGCAUAGGUACAAUUUGAAAAGAAAAGUUGCUCAGUUACCAUCGAUUUCGUCGGAAACCUUUGCAGAAAAGAUUCUCAGUUCCAAGCUUCGCAACAGUAAUGACCAGGAUCAUGAGGAUGAAUAUGGAUUCUAUGUGGCUACGCGAAAGAGAAAGAAUAACUCGAGGAAGCAAAGUAAAACUACUUUGAGAGCCAUCUCUGAUCAAAGAGGUAGAGCACAAACUUAUCAUCAUACCCUUGGGACAGCGGAAAGAAGUGCUAGUCCGGCUUUGUCUGUUGCCUCCGAAUUUUCUCAAUUCUCCAUUGGUGAUGACCAAGAGAGUUUUGUUGAAAUUGGACCUGUAAGUACGGGAUCUGAAUUGAACUUUUCAGAGUCUUCGGAAUUCACCGAUUCUGGGCACGAACUGGAGGACCCAAUAUCUGAUGAAGAGCUGAAUUCAAGUUUUUUAAAACCGAGUCUUGUUCAAGAAGCGUCCGAUAUCAGUUGUCUUUACUGUGGUGUGAAUAACCACGACAUUGAGUCAAACAUCAAACACAUGUAUAAACACCAUGGAUUGUAUAUACCCGAAAGGUCGUACUUGGUUGAUAUACGGGGGCUACUUGAGUACUUGGGUGAUGCUAUUUCUCGGUUCGAGUGUUUGGUUUGUGGCUUUCAUGGAAAGAAUUUGGUAAGCAUUCGUCAACAUUUGCAUUCCAAGGGACAUUGUAAAUUGCCGUACGAGAGCAAGGAGGAGAAAGAGCAAGUGGCUCAUUAUUACGAUUUCAUGGAGAAUCAGGAGGAUAAGUCGGAAAACAACGCACGAGACCACAAGACCACCGAGAAGCAUGUUGAUUUUGAUAAAUUGGAACCUUCCACUGGUUCCGAAAGUGAUGAAAACACGUCGAUGAAUUUGCAUCCAUCAGGAGAAGCUGAACAAACAACGGGUAUAAAUGACAAUUACACAUUGGUAACUAUUGAUUCAUCAGGAGUGGAAUUGACAACACCCGUAGGGUCAAGAAUAGGACACAGAUCAAUGCACAGAUACUACCGUCAAAAUAUCCCACUCACGUUAACAGUGAGAGAUGAAGGUAGGCGAACACAAGCAAUGGUUGAUAGAAGACUAGCCCCUGGUUUGACUUGGCAUCAAGUGACUAAGCAGGAGAAGCAGUCACAAAGGGCAGAAGAAAAUGCAAAGAAUGAUGAAGUUAGAAAGCUCAAAACGAAAAAGGCAAACUACCAGAAACAUUUCAGAGACGAGAUAUUGGGUACCUAG